CGCAUUCGCAUCCUCCCGACAGAGGUAAUCAAUCCAUAUAGGCAUACAUAGCCUACAUAGGUCUCUCACAGAGACAAAUAUAUAUACCCAACACAAACCUUCAAAAGCCAUAACACAACACAACACAACAUAACACACUUCCGAUACAAGACCCUCCGCGGAACAAUUAAGUUAUGACAUCCGCGUAAUGCGUGGAGAGAAGAUAUAGGAAUUGUUUUCGCUGUCAGAUUACUUCCUUUUGAGGUUUAUGACUGUAUUGGGUUUUCACUAUGAGUGGUGUACCUAAGAGAUCACAUGAAGAUGCUGUUCAUCAGUCUUCAAAGCAUUCACAUCAAGAUUCGGGUACAUAUUCCAAGUUGAUGCCAUCAGUUUCAAAUGAUCACCAUAUUCCAUAUGAUAUAGGUCAGGAUUCUCGGGUGGCAAAGGCAAUCCGUACUGAACCCCGUGAUGCAGAUAGAAGAUCUCCUCUUCAUUCAGUGUAUCGGAUGCCAUCAUCUUCAAAUGAUUCUCAUGCAGAUCACCCCAUUGGAAAUGAGAACAGAACAGAAUCUAGGGAUUUUAAGGAGAGCAGAGAUCUCCGGUUUGAGAAUCGUGAUAUAAAGACAGAGAAGAAGGAAUUACAUGGUGAAGCCAGAAGGGAUUCUCAGAUUUCUAAGAGUGAGAAGGAUGUUCGAGUUGAUGGCAGAGGAGAGGACAACAAGGAUAUCAGACAAGAGCGGGAUAGCCAUAAUGAUUCAAAAGGUGACAUUAAGACUGAUAAGGAUGCCUUUGGUAUGGUAAGCAGCAACUUGAAUUGGAAAGAAUCAAAAGAGUAUAGGGGUAAGAGAUUUUCUGAUGCCCCUGGUGGGAGCUUGGAUUCCUGGCACACAUCACGUGGCAAUACACCAGCAGAAGUUGGAAAGGACAGUUCAAUGGCAGAAGAAAGGGACUAUUUGGAAACUCAUGAGGCUGUUGGGGAAAACAAAAUUGAUUCUAAAAGUGAAGAUAGAUUUAAAGAAAGAAAAAGAAAGGAUGUCAAGCAUCGGGAUUGGGGAGAUAGGGAAAAGGAGAGAAAUGAUCGCAGAAGCAGUACGCCGGUUAACAAUAAUGGUGGUGAUAACAAAGAAUCUGCCAAGGAAGAUAGAGAUGUAGAAAAAUGGGAGAGGGAGAGGAAAGAUCUUCCAAAAGAGAAAGAAAGUUUGAAAGAGAAAGAAAAAGAUCAUAACAAGAGGGAAUCAUGGAAUGGAAUGGAGAAAGAAGCUUUGAAUGAUGAGAAGGAACUUGGUGACGGAUCAGCAAAAAAUCCUGAGCUAGAAAAUGUGUUGCCAGAGCAGAAGAAACAGAAAGAUGCUGACAGCUGGAAAAAUGUCGAUGGAGAAGCUAGAGAGAGGAGGAAAGAAAGGGAUGCUGACUUAGAAGGAGAUCGACCCGAGAAGCGCAUUAAAAUUGACAAGCAAUCAGAAGAUGGAAGUGCUCACGGGGAAGGGACUGGAGAGAAGGAGAGGGAAGUCCAUAACUAUAAUGUUCAACAUCGUAAAAGGAUCCACAGAUCAAGGGGAAGCCCUCAGGUGGCCAAUCGCGAGGCUCGUUUUAGAUCCCAUGCUCAUGCUCCAGACAAUGAAGAGUCUCAAGGUAAAGCAGAAGUAUCUUCUGUUGUUUAUAAAGUUGGUGAAAGCAUGCAAGAACUGAUAAAGUUGUGGAAGGAGUAUGAAUUAUCUCAAUCUCAAGUGGAAAAAAAUGGUGAAAGCUCUAAUAUUGGCCCCACUCUUGAAAUUCGGAUACCUGCUGAGAAUGUUACUGCUACAAACCGUCAAGUUAGAGGAGGUCAGCUAUGGGGGACUGAUGUUUACACAUAUGACUCAGAUCUCGUUGCAGUUCUCAUGCAUACAGGUUAUUGUCGACCGACAGCUUCUCCUCCUCCCAUGGCUGUACAAGAGUUGCGCACAACUAUUCGAGUGCUGCCUCCUCAAGAUUGCUAUAUUUCUACCUUGAGAAACAAUGUACGUUCCCGUGCUUGGGGUGCUGCAAUUGGUUGUAGCUCAAUUGGUUGUAGCUAUAAAGUUGAGCGGUGCUGCAUAGUGAAGAAAGGAGGUGGAACUAUAGAUCUUGAACCUUGCCUUACACAUACCUCAACUGUUGAGCCUACCCUUGCACCAGUGACUAUUGAGAGGACAAUGACUACUAGGGCUGCUGCUUCGAAUGCAUUGCGGCAGCAAAGAUUUGUACGUGAAGUUACAAUACAGUACAACCUCUGUAAUGAACCUUGGAUCAAAUAUAGUAUAAGCAUUGUUGCUGACAAGGGUCUAAAAAAGCCACUCUAUACAUCUGCUCGUUUAAAGAAGGGAGAAGUUCUGUAUCUAGAGACACACUCAUGCAGAUAUGAGCUGUGCUUUACUGGAGAGAAGAUGGUGAAGGCUAUACCAGCAACUCAGAUGCAUGACCCAGAUAUAGAGAAGUCUCAAAAUCACCACCACCAUUCCACAAAUGGUGACAAAGCUGAUUCUGAUAAUGUCAUGGUUGAUGUAUUUCGAUGGUCUCGAUGUAAGAAUCCUCUACCCCAGAAAGUGAUGCGCACAAUCGGCAUCCCUCUGCCUCUUGAACAUGUGGAGGUGCUAGAGGAAAACCUGGACUGGGAAGAUGUACAGUGGUCGCAAACUGGCGUUUGGAUUGCAGGAAAGGAAUAUACCCUUGCUCGGGUGCAUUUCUUGUCAAUGAAUUAAUACCUGGUUCUGGGAUGAUGUAAUGCAUGUAUACUUUUAAGAUUCAUAUUAAACAGCAAAAAUGAUAGUGCCUUUUUAUGUAACUAGGAUACUUUUUUGGUUUUUAAUAAAAAUUGUUUAAUAUUUAAUAAUUUCUUAAUUAGGAUAUAUUCUAGGAGCCUUUGCCUCCCAUUGUUGUGAAUGCUGUCUUGAAAUUCAAAGACCUUGACAUGUCUUAAAUUUAGUUGAAA